GCCGCCGCCGCCGCCGCCGCCGCUGCCGCCUCUGCCGCCUCGCCGGCGGCGACACAGACGCGGGGAGCGGCCGAGGCGAGUGACUUCUUCUGACUUGAGCCUACAGCGUGCUUUGAGAAAUCUGCCACCAGAUUAUCUUAGCUUGGUCUCUGGGAACUACCCCCUGUGAUAGUCAUAAGUUGCAGGGCCGUAGAGCUGCUGGUGAUUAAAAUCUGUUGUGAUACCGUGGAAGGCUCUGUGAUCCCAGGUGCUGCCUGACUGAAUAUUCUGAAUUCUCGCUGCCAGGAUGGGGAAACAGAACAGCAAGCUGCGCCCAGAGGUCAUGCAGGAUUUGCUGGAAAGCACAGACUUUACAGAGCACGAGAUCCAGGAAUGGUAUAAAGGCUUCUUGAGAGACUGCCCCAGUGGACAUUUGUCAAUGGAAGAGUUUAAGAAAAUUUACGGGAACUUUUUCCCUUACGGGGAUGCUUCCAAAUUUGCAGAGCACGUCUUCCGCACCUUCGAUGCUAAUGGAGAUGGGACAAUAGACUUUAGAGAAUUCAUCAUAGCCCUGAGUGUGACAUCGAGGGGGAAGCUGGAGCAGAAGCUGAAAUGGGCCUUCAGCAUGUAUGACCUGGAUGGAAAUGGCUACAUCAGCAAGGCAGAAAUGCUAGAGAUUGUGCAGGCAAUCUAUAAGAUGGUUUCCUCCGUAAUGAAAAUGCCUGAAGAUGAGUCAACCCCAGAGAAAAGGACAGAAAAGAUCUUCCGCCAGAUGGACACCAACAGAGAUGGAAAACUGUCCCUGGAGGAGUUCAUCCGAGGAGCCAAGAGCGACCCGUCCAUAGUGCGCCUCCUGCAGUGUGACCCCAGCAGUGCCGGCCAGUUCUGAGCCCCGCACCCCGCAGAUGAUAGAGCUGCUUGUGUUCCCCUUCGACCUUUCUUUUUAACAAUUAUUAUUAUUAUUUUUUUUUUUUGCCAAACAAUAUUGAUGGUGAUGCCGUCCCCCGUGCGGUCAGAGGCACCUUCCUCCGUGUCGCCGUCAGCUUCCUUCGUCGUGGGAACGCCCAGAGCCCCCGUGGAGAGCAUGGACAGUGCUGCAGUGCACGGACUGUGGUGUUCAUUGUCCUAUGAUUUUUCAUUGUUAUUAUUGUUAUUUUUCUUCUGAUUCCAAUGUCUCUGUUCUAAAACUGAAGACUCGGGGAGGCAAGAGAAGGGAAAACCAUCCAGUCCAGUGAUUCUGUGGCAAGCUUCCAGGGGCUUGUUUGAAAAACAAAACUCCCCACCUGAGUCUGGAGUCACAUGCCCUCGGGGUGAUGGCACCAGGUGCCGGCUCCCCAAGGACAAGGGACCCUCUGGGGCCAGGCUAUGAAAGGGGCAUGGAGGCCUCCACUCCACCCCCUCUCCCCCAGCAGGCUGUAGUGUCUAAGCUGUGAACAUUUCAAGGUAAAUUCAUAGAGAAGAGGAAAAAGGUGGCUCAGCUAUUUCGUCACACGUUUACACUAGUUGAGCUGAGUUUCUUUGGAAAUUAAACACAAAUGGUAACUUAUAAAACAAAACCAGACCCAUCUUGUUGCCUAUUGUGAUUAAAAAAAAAAAAAGACUGCUGUAUAUAAAAUAUUGGGUAUUGCAGACCAAAUUAAGUGUUUUGCCUUGUUUAAAUGAAUGCAUGUUUAGUGAGCACUAAUACAAUCUUAUUACAGAAGACUGUUUUUAGUAGCUUAAUGUGAAGUAAGCCAACUAUAAUGAAUGUCUAUGUCUUGUUUUAAAGUCAUAUCUGUCUUUGCACAAAUGCACCAAUCAACAGGUAUAUUUUAUAUAUUCCAGAGAAGUACAAAGUCACCAUGACUAGGGCCCAACCUUAAUUUUGAAUGCAUUUCCAGAGUGGUGGUAUCUGCAGAAUAGAAGUAGGGCAGGUUUAACUGGCCAUGUCAAUCGGAACACCAGAAGGCUAAUAUUGAUGAGAGACGUGAGGCAAUGGUUAGGUCACUCAGCCCAGCAGCUCAAUUGUAUUAGAUUGAAGGGAUGGUGCUUUUCUGAGUAGAUCAAUAUUCUGUUGACCUGGAAACAACAACAAAAACAAAACUCACAAAACGAGACAAAUUCUUGGAACUUCCCAAUGAUUUAAUCCAUAUUAUGGUUAGGGAGCUGUAUCUACAAUGUUGAUCUUUUCAUGCCCCCAGGGCCCCUUCAAAGAGUCAGAGGUUGGGCAAGGCAAGGGCCAGUGCAUCUGUGAUUUCCAGGGCCCACUAUGGGGAAUCCAAAAGUAUUUUCCACCACCACGUUCUUUGAAUGCAGAUUUCAAUUUUCAGAAGUGACAGUGCAAAUUUGAGUCACCAUUUGGUCUGGUGACCUCACAUACACUAACUGGAAUUGAAAGUUAAGAAUAAAAAUUGCUGAUCACAAGUAAGUCAUAUCUUCACAAGGGUAGGCCUGGGGAAGUCCAAACACUCAAGGAUGUAGAUGAGGAGAACUUGCCCCAGGAGGAGGCAGAGAGGUCCCUAGUGGGUUUACCUGUGGCCAAGCUACUUUCUAUAGAUCAUGACCCACAGAAAGACAAAUGUAACUAUGAGGAAGAUGAUGCUGAGCCCAUUCUAACUCCAUGUUCUUCUGUAUUACUUGAGUCCCUUUUAACUGGUAGCAAAAAUCUGAAUUUGUAUGGUUGUCCAAAAUGCAUCAACUUUGCAGGAUGAAAUUUGGAGACAUGGUAAAAUAAUCUUCAUCUGAGUGUCAGUUCCUCACAGUGGGUCUAUCCUGAGACUUGCCAAAUUCUUCCAUAAGGCAAGUGGUAAGAUCUAGGUUUGAAAACUAGGGAAUUAACCUAAGAGUGGAGGGCAGAGUGGGUGAGAGGUCCAGCAGAGGCGCAUCCCACUGCCACCCAACCCACUGUGGACUGAAGACCUAGUUCCCCCUUUCAGUUCUCUUCAGAAGGGGAGUCAGUUACUGCUUGGGCAGGGCCCCCUAGACUCUACCCUCAGUCAGGACAUUUUGUUGAGCCAGACUCAACCAGUUCCCUCCAACUGAGAGCUGGAGUGAGGAGCAAGAGGGGCUCCAGCUGUUUAGGAGAGAAAACAGAGCCAGACGUGUGGCUAAUGAAUGCUGACAUGCCUGGGAUGUACGCAAAUAGCCCUGUCCUGGCCUGCCAUUGACCCUGUCUGUAUUUUCUUGAUGGUUGUUUUUCUCCUUCUACUCCUUCCCAGGAAGGGCUUUGUAUGUCUAGUCCAAUGCACUUAAAGUCAGCCAGCGGACUCUGCAGCACCCAGAAGGCUGGAUGACUAAAGGUUUAUGUCACUCCUUUGCCGGGCUGUUCAUUGUCAUGGCUGUGGUGUGGGACCUCUGGAAAUGGAGUCUGUUCUGUCUGAAAUCAAGCCAGUCUGGGAUGUUCAAGGGACUGGAAUAAAGUGGCUUAUGACUUGAAGGACAAUA